AGCAGUCAGCUGUCAAACUGUAGAAGUAUUGUAGAGAGAUAAAUUGAACCAGCCAGUUGGAUAUUUUAUUUAAUGAUUAUUUGUUUUUUUGAAAGAAAAUUUAAGAAAUGUCUAAUGAAAACACACUAGAUUUACAUUACGUACACGAAUGUUUUCAAAAGAGCUUAAAAGAGAACGAUGACGUGGUAAUUGAUGCGUACAUAGAUGGAUACAAUGAAUUAGUAAAGUUCUUGAACCUCAUCGGGACAGUAUUUUCUUUUGUGAGUAGCGAUGUGAAAAGUAAAAUAAAGGUUAUGGAAAAGCUUAAAAGUGGAGACGAUGCCAUCUACUAUGAAUCGUUCAAGAAAAUGAUGAAGUAUGAAAAAGAGAGCAGUUUGUACGAAAAGAAUGGUUUUGUAUCGGGAUCAAGGACGAUGCUGCGUUUGCAUCGAGGGCUGGAUUUCAUCCGCCUAUUUUUAAAACGUAUAAGUGGAACAGAAGAAGAUAUGAACACUUGCACUACAUGUCAGGGUUCCUAUAACGAGACCUUGGCUGAAUUCCAUCCAUGGUACAUUAGAAAAGCUGCAACACUUGCAAUGCAUGCCCUGCCUUCUAGACAAGAUUUAUUAAAAAAGAUCUUUGGCUCGGAAGAUGAAUUAACAGAGGCCAUGGCAGUUUUACCACAAACUCUACAAUCCUGUGACGAAGUAUACCAAAGAGUACAUCAACUAUAUACAGACUUUGAUUUUCACGGCUUGCCAUAGACUGUAAAAGUGGGUGACUAGGAAAAUGUUCAAAGGUAGUUUAAAAUUGCUCAAAGACCUGCCUAAUUAGCUUAUAUGGGGCGUAAACUUAAAUUAUCUGCUUUUGUGGCUUUCAAAGCUGUUAAUGUGAUCAAAUGUCAAUAAUAUUUUAACCAUUGUAGAUUAUUAAAGUCGCGGUAUUGAUGUGCAUUUUAAAAUAGUUAAUAAUUUUGUUAUAAGUUAUUCUUUUUAGUUCCAAUUUAAUAUAAUUAACUAGUCAUACAUCUUGUUACAACUUUUUAAAGUACAAUUCACGUUUAUAUAAUAUCAAGAAGACAAUCGAAAUUGUCGUCAAUUUGACCUUCUUAUAGUGAAGAAUGUCUAAUGCGCUUUGUAUAAAAUACCUGGUUCUAAGUUUAG